ACUAUGAAUGAGGAAAGAGAAGAGGGGGGUCACACCUCUAAAAUCAAUGUGUCUGGAGAACAUGGCCGCCAGGGCCAAACUAAGAGCCCAGAGCAGCACGUGAGACCAGCCUCACCUGUACCCAGCUGCGUCUCCAUGACGAGUGAGAGAUCUAUUAAUUUUCCUCCCAACUUGCAAGACAGACGCCCCUCCAGUGAAAAGAAACAGGAGGAUGAGGAGGCCUUGGGGAGUGAGGAAGAGGAGCACAGGAGGCUUGCCAGCGCUCUGCAGAGCUUAAAUACUUCUGCCGUGUGCCGGCAUGAGCUCAAGACUCACCUGAAGGAGACGUUCCAGCAUGUGUAUGAGGGAAUCGCUGAAGCAGGUCAGCCAUCAAAGCUCAAUCUGAUCUACACAGAGCUCUUUGUCACCGAGGGAGUCAAUGGAGAGGUCAACAAGGAACAUGAAGUCAGAAUGAUUGAAAAAGCUUUCCGGGAGUCAGUAAAGGGUGAAAAAACAAUCAAAUGUGAAGACAUCUUUAAACGCUUACCUGGGAAAGAUCAUCCAAUCAGAACAAUAAUGACAACUGGAGUGGCAGGCAUUGGUAAAACCUUCUUAACACAAAAGUACACACUGGACUGGGCAGAAGGCAAAGGCAACACCGACAUAGACUUCAUCUUUCACUUCACUUUCAGAGAGCUAAAUUUACUGAGAGCGAAAAAAUUUAGCUUGGUGGAGCUUCUUCAUCACCUAUUCAUUGAAACUAAAAGAGCAGGAAUCUGCAGCUACGACCUAUACAAAGUUGUCUUCAUCUUGGAUGGUCUGGAUGAGUGGCGACUUCCUCUGGACUUCCAGAACGAAAUCUGUACCGAUGUCAACAAGUCUACCUCGCUCGGUGUGCUGCUGACUAACCUCAUCCGAGGCAACCUGCUUCCCUCCGCCCGCAUCUGGAUAACCACGCGCCCUGCGGCAGCCAAUCAGAUCCCUGCGGUCUGUGUUGACAGGAUGAUAGAGGUGAGAGGUUUCACCAACCCAAAAAGGGAUGAGUACUUCAAGAAAAGAUUCGGAGAAGGGACGCUGGCCAGCACAAUCAUCUCCCAUGUCGAAGCGUCACGAAGCCUCCACAUCAUGUGUCACAUCCCACUCUUCUGCUGGAUCACUGCUUCAGUUCUGGAGCACACAUGCAAGAGAAGAGAAGAGAUGCCCAAGACCCUGACUGGGAUGUACAUCCUCUUCCUGAGGGUUCAGUCCAUACGGAUGGGCAUGAAGUAUCAUGGAAGGGCUGAAACAGAUCCACCCUGGACACCAGAGAGUAGGCAGAUCAUUUUGUCUCUGGGGAAAUUUGCUUUUAACCAGCUGGAGAAAGGCAACCUGAUCUUCUACGAGACAGAUCUGGCAAAGUGUGGCAUUGAUAUCAAAGCCGCCUCACAGUACUCAGGAAUGUUCACCAAGAUCUUUAAGGAGGAGUAUGGACUGUACAAUGAGAAGGUCUUCUGCUUUGUCCAUCUGAGCAUUCAGGAGUUUCUGGCGGCGGUUCAUGUCUUACAUUCCAUCAUCAGCUCUGGUAUAAAUCAGUUUACAGGAUCUUCUGAACUUAGCAAGGAAUAUGGGGUCCAACUCCUACACCAGAGUGCUGUGGACAAGGCCUCCGAGAGUGAGAACGGACACCUGGACUUGUUCCUCCGCUUCCUCCUGGGCCUCUCUAUGGAGGAAAAUCGGAUUCUCCUACAAGGCCUGCUGGAUCACACAGAAAUCUGCCUGCGGAGCAAUCAGGAAACAGUUGUGUACAUUAAGAAGAAAAUAAGUGGAGAUCCCUCUCCAGAGAGAUGUAUCAACCUGUUCCACUGUCUGAAUGAGCUGAACGACCAAUCUCUAGUGGAGGAGAUCCAACGAUACCUGGCAUCAGGAAGACUCUCCAGAACUACUCUCUCCCCUGCUCAGUGGUCAGCUCUGGUCUUCAUCUUACUGUCAUCAGAAGAGGAGCUGGACGUGUUUGACCUGAAGAAAUACACUGCUUCAGAGGAGGGUCUUCUGAGACUGCUGCCAGUGGUCAAAGCCUCCAAAACAUCUUUGCUGAUCGGCUGUAAUCUGUCAGAGGGAUGCUGUGAAGCUUUGGCCUCAGUUCUCAACUCCUCUAGUCUGAGAGAGCUGGACCUUAGUGCCAAUGAUCUUCAGGAUUCAGGAGUGAAGCUGCUCUCUGCUGGACUGGGGAGUCCACAAUGUAGACUGGAAACUCUCAGGCUGAAUGGCAGUCAUCUAUCAGAGAGAAGCUGUAGAGCUCUGGCCUCAGUUCUCAGCUCCAACUCCUCUAGACUGAGAGAGCUGGACCUUAGUAACAAUGAUCUGCAGGAUUCAGGAGUAAUACUGCUCUCUGCUGGACUAGGGAGUCCACACUGUGCACUGGAAACUCUCAGGCUGAUCAGCUGUAAUCUGUCAGAGAGAUGCUGUGAAGCUCUGGCCUCGGUUCUCAGCUCUGAGUCCUCUAGUCUGAGAGAGCUGUACCUGAGUACCAAUGAUCUGCAGGAUUCAGGAGUAAUACUGCUCUCUGCUGGACUGGGGAGUCCACAAUGUAGACUGGAAACUCUCAGGUUGUCUGGCUGCCUGCUCACACAGGAAGGCUGUGCUUCUCUGGCCGCAGCUCUGAGCUCCAACCCCUCCCAUCUGAGAGAGCUGGACCUGAGCUACAAUCACCCAGGAGACUCAGGGGUGACACUGCUCUCUGCUGGACUGGAGGAUCCCCACUGGAAACUGGACACCCUCAGUGUUGACCACGGCGAGGUCUCGAGGCUGGAAUCAGGUUUGAGGAAGUACGCCUCUGACUUCACAUUGGACCCAAACACAGCCCACCGUGAACUCUCUCUCUCUGAGGACCAGAGAAAGGUGACCAACGUUGAGGAGCAGGAGGGGUGUAAUGUCUCCAGACAGGUGUUGUGUGGACAGGGUCUGACUGGCCGCUGUUACUGGGAGGUAGAGUGGAAAGGGGAGGUUUAUAUCGGAGUGGCGUACAGAGGAAUAACAAACCAAGGAAAGAGUGAUGGGACUUGUCUUGGAUACAAUGACCAGUCCUGGAGUCUUUAUUGUUUUGGUGAUGGGUUCUCUGCCUGGUACGACGGUAUCAGGACAAGGAUAAGCUUCCACUGCUCUAAUAAUAAAAGAGUAGGAGUAUAUUUGGACCGACCUGCUGGCACCCUGUCCUUUUACAGUGUGUCCCCAGGUGUAGGAGGGGCCUCAGACACACUGACGCACAUUCACACCUUCAAGUCCACCUUCACUCAUGGCAACCUCUUUCCUGGGUUUGGGUUGAACCGCUAUGGCUCCUCAGUGUCCCUAUGUCGGCUCUAGUUAGCCCACACACACACAGACACUCACUCACUCACUCACUCACUCACUCACUCACUCA